CAGAACUCGGGGCCAGUCCACCAUUCUGAGUCGUAAACGCAAGGAUUUCCUCAAAGCCACGUGAGGAGCUGUGUGACAUGAGACACCUGAAGACCUGACGGCUUAACACGUUUCUAUAAAACUCUGUGACCUCACACCCCUCUAUAAUGCAGCAAGCGGCAUCAGUCCUCCACAGUGGCUAUUUCCACCCCACGCUGCGUGCUUGGCAGACAAGUAACACCUCAUUCAGCCCUGACAGCCUGAUAUACCCCAUCUUCAUCACGGACAUAGCAGAUGGUGUUGAGCCUAUUGCCAGCCUCCCGGGGCAAGCCAGAUAUGGAGUCAACAAGCUGGAAGGGAUGGUGCAACCCCUUGUGGAUAAAGGCCUCAAGUGCGUGCUGCUGUUUGGGGUUCCUUCUCAAAUGACCAAGGAUGACCACGGCUCAGCAGCAAAUUCAGAGAACACCCCGGUGAUCCAGGCAAUCAAGAAACUGCGCUCCUCGUUUCCCCAAUUACUAAUCGCCUGCGACUUGUGCCUUUGUCCCUAUACGUCUCAUGGCCAUUGUGGGAUCCUUCGAGAUGACGGCACUCUGGAUAAUGAUGCAAGUUGCCUGCGCCUGGCAGAGGUCGCCCUGUCUUAUGCUAAAGCAGGCUGCCACAUCAUUGCUCCUUCUGAUAUGAUGGAUGGCCGUGUAGGUGCCAUAAAGCAGGCACUGUUGUCCAAUAACCUGGGAAACAAGGUGUCUGUCAUGAGCUACAGUGCAAAGUUUGCCUCCUGCUUCUAUGGACCUUUCAGAGAUGCUGCCCAAUCCAAGCCCGCAUUUGGGGAUCGUCGCUGCUACCAGCUGCCUCCUGGGGCCCGUGGCCUGGCAAUUCGAGCUGUGGACCGAGAUGUGCAGGAAGGGGCCGACAUGCUGAUGGUGAAGCCGGGAAUGCCUUACUUGGACAUAAUCCGAGAGGUUAAGGACAAGCAUCCAACGCACCCCCUUGCCGUGUACCACGUGUCUGGAGAAUUUGCAAUGCUGUGGCACGGUGCCCAGGCAGGAGCCUUCGACCUUCGCACUGCUGUGAUGGAGUCGUUGACAGCUUUCAGGAGGGCAGGGGCAGAUAUCAUCAUCACAUACUACGUCCCUCAGCUUCUGGACUGGCUGAAGGACAUGUAAAGAGUGUGCCCAGAUGCCAAGGGGGCCACCUUACAUCUGUAGCUGUAGAUCCUAAACGAGAGCGGAUGGAAAAGAAGAGGAUAUGGAUGGUUCUGAUCAAGAGUAGGACCACGCUGAGGUGUUUCUAACCUUGUAGGUUACGAGUCCUAACGUUACUUUAGCUUCUUAACUUUGUCGAACUCCUCGCUGAUGCCUGAAUGUCAUUGCUAAGUGUGAACCAGCUUGUGAAUCGUAUCGAUUCUGGUUCUUCAGUCUUCUACAUUCAUGUUUCUGUGAAGGGCAGGCAGUGUGACCCUGAUGAGAAUUGCACUAGCUAGUGUGCCCAGCUGUACUCGCCUUCUCUCUGACGGUGGUCUUCAAUGUGCCUUAGUUAGACAGCCUGUACCCCCAGAUCAGUACCUCGACAUGCAGCCUGUUAAAGUUUUCAUUUUCCUAACCGGUGCCACGUAUUCGUAUUUGUCAUUAACAUGAAAGUGACGUCUGCUCCACUCUUCAGUGUUUUUUCUAUUUUUUUAGGCUUUUUGUGUUCUUCUCAUGGUGCUUGUAACAGUAUUAACUCUCACGUCCAUUCAGGUCAUGUGGUGGCCUCUUCUUCAAAUGUCAUUUGGGGUCCAGUCAGCCACCUUAGCUACUUGUGUCCCCUUUUGUUAUUCCUAAGCCGCACUGCUAUGUCAUUCAAGGACCCCCUUGCUGGGCCCAGUGACCCAAUGUUGCAUACUCUGUUCUGCGUCUUUGCCUCCUAUGCUAAUAAACUUUGCUACAAGGUGG